AGCCGUCAACAACACUUUGUUGCUGAAAAUUUCCCGGAGCCCCCGAUGUCGCGGAAAAGUCGGACCGCGCGAAACUGAAAAACCCAUUGGUACAGUGCGUUCUCGCCAUGACCCGCGACACGGCCCAAGCAGCGACCGAUGUGUUUACCAGAACCGAAGGUGCGAUGGGGGGAAAAUUUCGGCGAGGAUGAAGCGCGACUUUUCCGACCAGAAAAUACCCUAGGCCGGCUUGAAAUGGAUCCCGACGGUGAUAAUUGACUUUCCACCCAAGCCUACUAUGAUAUGAUUUCGACAAGAUUUUCCCUAACGACGACCGCAUCAUCGACUUUUCCGAAUUCGACGCCUUUGAUAGAGUAUAACAUAAGCACCUCGAACUAUCUUUAUACGCCGUCGUCGACGAUCGACCUCUACAACGCCUCCAACGUUUCGGGCUUCAACGACACGUUCUCUUCAGUGUUCCCCAGCUACAUACGGACAACUUCGGUCGUUUUUUGCAUAAUAAUCAUGUGUCUGGGUGUGAUCGGUAACAUAAUGGUGCCUAUCGUUAUUUUUAAAACUAAGGAUAUGAGGAACAGCACGAAUAUAUUUUUAGUAAACUUGAGUGUUGCCGAUUUGAUGGUGCUUCUGGUCUGCACGCCCACCGUCCUCGUCGAAGUCAACUCGCGGCCCGAAACGUGGGUCCUCGGGAAGGAGAUGUGUAAGGCAGUGCCGUUCGUCGAGCUGACCGUGGCCCACGCCUCGGUGCUCACCAUCUUGGCCAUCAGUUUCGAGCGCUACUACGCCAUUUGUAAGCCCCUGAAGGCGGGCUACAUUUGUACGAAAACUAGAGCGUCUCUUAUAUGCUUGCUAGCCUGGUUCAUAGCUGCCUUAUUCACUAGCCCCAUCCUGGCCAUAACCCAGUACGGCCCCGAGGAGUACGUCGACGGCUCCAUCGUCUUCGUGUGCUUCAGCCUCGUCGAAGACACCCUCCCUUGUGUCUUCUUCCUCAGUUCCAUCCUCGUCUUCUUCAUUUUCCCCCUCGCCAUCCUCAUAAUCGUGUACAUCCUCAUCGCCAAGACCCUCAUGCGCCACCCCGUGGCCAUGACGGGCACCAAGAGCGUGUUGCCCUCGCAGAGCGCCAUAAAGUACCGCAAACAAGUCAUCCUCAUGCUGGGCGCCGUCGUCUUGGCGUUCUUCCUCUGUCUCUUACCUUUCCGCGCCCUCACGUUCUGGAUAAUCGUGGCCCCGCCGGGCUCCAACUUCGAGAUCGGGUUCGAGAACUACUACAACAUUCUGUACUUUGCCAGGAUCAUGUUCCAUAUAAACUCGGCGGUGAAUCCCAUCCUGUACAAUAUAAUUAGCUCGAAAUUUCGGGGCGGGUUCCUGCGGCUGUGCGGCGUCAAGGUGGUGAAGCGGCGGCGGAAAGACAAGAGGGAGAUCACCAGGAAAAGCACGAAUUCUUCGACGCAUACUUCUUCCCAGCAGACUUCCGACUCAUUUCUUCAUAGUAGCAAAAGACACUCGGAGAAAAAAUGUUCCAGUCUCAGGGAGAUUAAAGAGGCGGGGGACGGGCCCGAGGGGGCGGCGAAUGUUUCCAGGGAGGAUAAGGGGAGGGAGGUCUACGUGAGGGCGCCGCUGGGGCACAAGUUCUCGAAUGGGGAAAUUUACGUUUAAGGGAUUUAAGCACGUACAAUACGACGCAAAAGACUCCAGAAAUCAUAUAUUUUGGUACAAUCACUUAUUCGAACAAAAGAACUGAUACGGUUAAAGGUAGCUACGUAAUUUAGGACAGGGUACUCGAGGGCGGUUUAGCUAGAGGGGCGGUUCUUUACUGAGUACCCACCGACGACAAUAUGUGUUCUUUUUGUGAGUGAUUUAUCUUUUGUACAUCAUAAACCAAAGACGUUGCUGUUGAUUCGUUUCGUAUCUAUAAUUGUCUGAAAAAAAAUCGGCUGUGACGGUACUAGUAAGUUUAUCAUUUUUAAGCUUGACUUAGUUCCAAGAAUCGUAGAAAAUUUUACAAAAAAUCUGGGGGUGGUCUUAUAAAAAUCCGAAAAAAUCUAGUAUCGUCACAGUUUGGUCACCCUGUAUAUUGUAUGGAAUUAAGUGUGACUUGAGGGUGUUUUAACCAAAGCCUACCAUAGCAGCUGAAGAAAGAAACUGCGAAGAAGAUACUCCAAUAAUUUACGUUUUAUUACGGGCAUUUCUGUAUUUAUUAAUAAAAAAUAAAUGUGUUUGAAGUUGA